AUGACGAGCCUGCACAAGCCGCUGCCGGCUCUCUACACCGUCUACGUCCUCCGAUCUACCGUCCGCCACGCCUCGCUCUACAUCGGCUCGACGCCGAACCCGCCGCGCCGCCUGAAGCAGCACAACGGGGAAACCAAGGGCGGCGCCGCGCGCACCGCCCGCGACCGGCUGCGCCCCUGGGAGAUGGUCGCCCUCGUCUCCGGCUUUCCUUCCUCCGUCGCCGCGCUCAAGUUCGAGUGGGCGCUCGCCAACCCGCACCUGUCGCUGCACAUCCCCGACGCCGCGCGGCUCGCCGUGGCCACGCGCACGCGGCGCGACGGGCGCCCGCGCCGGCCGCCGCUCAGCAUGCGCUCCGUCGUGUCCAACAUCCACCUCCUGACCGGCGUGGCCAGCUUUGCGCGGUGGCCGCUGACGCUGCACUUCUUCGCCGAGGACGCGCACAAGGCGUGGGCGGCGUGGCUGCGGCGCGAGCAGGUGGCGGUGCGGCCGGGCCUGCGCGUGGAGACGGACUUUGCGGACGACACGGCGGGGAUACUGGCGGAGGAGGAAGAGGGGGGUGUGGGCAUACAUGCGCUGCCGCUGGACUACGCGCCGGUGAGGGAGUACGCGGGCAAGGCGAGGGAGGUGGUGGCGUUUGAGAGGCAGGGCGGCUGCGUGCAUUGCGGCGAGGAGAUGGCGGCGGGGGAGGGGCUGCAGGCCAUGUGUCCCAACGGGGGCUGCGUGGCGAUGGGACACCUGGACUGCUGGGGGAGGCACGCGCUGGCGAGCGAGGCGGAGGAGGGCGUCGUCCUCCCGCAGACGUGCGAGUGUCCGUCGUGUGGUGGUGAGGUUCGCUGGGGCGACAUGAUGAAGGAGCUGACGUUACGGGUGCGCGGCGAGGGAGAGGUCGACAAGCUUCUCAGAGUCAAGAAGAGAGGCAGGAAGCCGGUUCAAUGCGAACACGUCCCUGAAUGA